UGUCGUGCAGCUGCAGCCGUGGCUAUCGGACGCACAAGCUCCACCCCUUCAUAAAACUUGAGAGCUCGAUGUUUCAAGGUUUUUCCCUCAGACAAAUUGCAUCUUGAACUGUGAGCCUAGUGCCCAUUUAGCAGCAGCUGCAAGGAGUCACAAUGGAAGCCUUGAAAAGGUUCAAGAAAAGGACGAAAGAUGCAGUUGAGGGCAACAAAGGACAACCGCAAAAGGACUCUCAAGCUGCAGGAGAACAAGAGGGUUUCAUAUGCCCGGUAUGUAUGGUGACCCUGGCUUCACCGGAGCAGCUCCAAGUGCACUGGGAGACAGUUCACAAUGCACCAGCUACUGAGCCAACUCCUGCCCCUCCUAGCCAAUCCCCUAAAGCCACCCCUGCUCCUAUAAUGGAACCAUCCAUACAGCACUCAUCAGUGAACAGGGAUGGAGAUGUGCUGGCACUCAGACAAGAACUGGAAGAUUUACGUGUUUCAUUGAAGGAGGAAAAGUGGUAUUCUGAGGAACUGAAAAAAGAAGUGGACAAACUACAGCCAGGCCAAUCGGCAGCUGGUGGAGGAGAUGUGAACAUGAAACGAGCAGAGGAAGACAGAACAAUGUUGUCGUCUGAGGUGGUUUUACUUCGUCAGCAGUUAGCGGAAUCCAUGGAGAAUGCUAAAGCUUACAAGACUGUCAAAGAUGCCAUGGAGCAGAAAGCAGCCUCAUUGGCAACUGAGAUGGUGACUUUGAAGUCUAGUCUGGAUGAGGAGAAGACGUUGCAUAACAGCUUGAAGGAAGCCAUGAAGCAAACACAGGUAGCCACAGAAAUUGAGCUUCAAGACAGAGAUUCCAGAAUGAAGGCAGUCCAGUCUCAACUACUUCAAAGGCCUGGUGCUGAUGAUGUCAUGGUGCUCAAGAAGGAACUAGUCUCCGUACAAACCUUAAUGGAUGAGUUGUCACUAGCCAAUGAAGCAGAGAUGAAUGAACUGAAACAGAAACAUGAAGAACUCAAGGCUGACUAUGACAAAUUACAAGCAUCUGUUGCUGACAGCAGUAGUGGCAAUGAAGCAGUCAAACAAGAACUAGAAGCCAAGAUGGCAGAAAACGUCGCCAUGUCCCAACAACUCAAUGAAGUACGCAGUCAUUUGCAAGAUCAAGAGUCAGCAUGUAGCAAACUGCAGCAGGAAUUGGAGUUUACUAAGCAGCAGCAACUGCAGCAGGUGACAAGUAAAGACAGUCAGCAUGCUGAGCUGCUGCAGCAACUUCAACAGUCCAAAGCUUCUCAAGCAGAGAUGGAGACUGAGAUAUCCCAGAUACAGAAGCAGUUAGCAGACAGUAGACAGAUGUCAGAGGAGCAGCAUCGACAGCUAGAGCAGCAACUCGCUACAGCUCAGCUACAGAUUGCCAAGACUGAGGGAACAGUGAAUGAGAAAGAUUCCCAAGUGACGGAUCUCCAGCUACAACUGGACAUGUUACAGCAGCAAUAUGAGCAAGAGAGUAUGAGUAACGACGAGUUGAGAUCUCAGCUACGAGAACGUCAGUCACAGAUAGAAGACCAACAACGCUCACUCACAGACAAACAGGAGAAACUUGCUGAGUUGGAGACGUCGUUGCAGAAGCAGAAAGAUGCAGCAGAGAGAUUGGAAGGAGAGAGAGCAGACUUAAUGGCCAAGAUUGAAGCUGGAGAAGGCAUAUCCACAGCAAUACAGCAACUCAGGCAGGAAAAUGAAAGCUUACAAGAUCAGCUAUCUGAGCUGCAGUUGAACAAAGAGAAAUUGACAGAGGAACAUCGAGCAGCAACUCAAGAUCUUCAUAAACAAUUACAACAGAGUAAAGCGCAAAUUGAGGGUGUGACAACACAGCAUGAGAGGGCAGAGGCAAACUUGAAGGAGACAAGAACUAAACUGACUACAACUCAAGAAAAACUGGCAAAUGCCGAGUCUGAUCUCAAAAUUAAGGGAGAAUUACUUCUUGCUAUGGAAUCCUCCAUGGCAACUCAACGAGCAGAUCUUGAGAGUCAUCUUAGAACAUCUCGGACAGGAUUGGAAGAUAAACAACAGGAAGUCAACAGGCUACAGGAACAACUGGAGAAGACUCGAUCUGAAUUAUCAAGCACCAAGGACCAGCUAGCUGACCUUGAUGUCAAACAAACAUCAAUUCAAGAACAAUUGACGUCAUCAACUCAUCAAUAUUCAUUGCUACAAAAUGAUCUACAGGCUAAGGUUAGUCAGUUAGCACUUGUUGAAGAGAACAAGAGGGAGUUAGAAGCACAGCUGAAUGGUCAGGUGCAGUCAUUACAGGCAAAGCUAACGGACAAAGAAGAUGCAUACAGUAAGAUGGCUGGAGAAUAUCAACAGACAAAAGAGCAAAAUGCUGCAAUAAUCUCUGGACUACAAGGAGAGUUGGACUCAACCAAGACGACACUGGCACAGACACAAACACAGCUACAACAACAGGUGGCCAAGCUUGAAGAGGAGAAGAAAUCUGUUGAGGAAUCACUGUCAGCAACACAGCAGAAUCUACUGCAGAAAGAGCAAGAAUCUACACAACUACAACAACAAAAGGCUGCAGUUUUGGUACAAGCUGCGGAAAAAGUAGAGAAAUUGACCGCUGAUCUGCAGACCACACAGACUGAACUCAGCCAAACUAAGACUAAUCUAGCUGCCAAGGAGCAAUCUGUUCUUGAACUGACUGAACGCCUUGAACGUCUACAGACCGAGAAAUCUGAGUUGCAGGAUCAAUUUAAUGUGGAGCAAGAUGUGGUGGUUUCUCUCAAGAAACUCAAUACUGAUCAAGAAGCAACUAUUGCUCAAAAGGUUGAGCUGUGUGGCAAGUUGGAGAAGCAGUUGGAGAGUAAAGAGAAUCAACAGAAGGAUUUACAGCAGAAGAUUGAGGUUCUGGAGCAAGAGAUUGCCAAGUCAUGUGACCAGUGUCGCAACUAUGAAUCACAAGUGGUCAAACUUCAGUCACAAGUCAGGGAUGGACAGGAGAAGUGUACAGCUCUUCAGAUGGAGCUUGAGAACCUCCACGACACUUUGACAAAGACUGAAGACUCCUUGGAGAAAGUCCGAGGGAGUGAGGCAUCUCUCAUGAGCAGCGUGGAAGGAUUACAGGAGGUCAAAAUGGUGCUGGAUGCCAGAGUGGCUGAACUAGAUGAAGAGUUGAAGGUUGAGCUUGGAAGAUUCCGGUCUUUGAAGCAGGAAGAUACUGCCAAGCAAGCCGAAAUCGGGAAGUUGAACGGAAAGAUUGGAGAGUUAGAAGAAUCUAAAUCCUCACUGAAUGCUCAGCUGUCUGAGUUGCAUACAGCAAUCCAACAUGAAAAGGAAGACAGAGCGAAGGAAGUAUCAGCCAUGCAGGAAGCUAAACAACUCCUGAUCAAACAGAAGCUGGACCUACAAUCCCAGUUGAUGGAUAGGGAGACACAGUUAGCUAAAGCCGAGGUGGAAUUCAAUGAGAGUAAAGAAGUAGCACACAAAGUACAGACAAUGUUGAGAGAUGAGUCGGCUGCAUUGCAGAAUAAAUUGGCAACUGAGGAAAAAGCUAAGGCAGAUUUACAGCGACAAACAGAAGAGUUAGAGCAACGGUCCAGCAUGCAACUCAGUGCACUGAAUGAAAACCUGGCUACUCUCAGAAGCGAUCUGUCACAAGCUGAUACCAGGAAACAAGAACUAGAGAAAGUAGUGGAUGAACUGAGAGGAGAAGUAGCUGUUCUUGAAGCAACCAUUCAGAAUAAUCAGGAUGAACGAAGAACUCUUCUGGAAAGAUGCCUUGCUAGUGAAGGUGACGUGGAGAAGCUACAGAGCAAAGUGGUCGAGCUUCGUCGGAAAUUGGAGGAUGCUCAGGCCGCAAUGCAUGAACUAGGACGAGAGAACCAGAACCUACAGAUUGUCCAAUCCAAGCAGAUGGCUCGCAAAUGGGCCGAUGAUACAGAGGUCAAGACCUGUAUGUCCUGUGAAAAGGCCUUCUCUGUCACUGUCAGAAGGCAUCACUGCCGUCAAUGUGGUAACAUCUUUUGUAAUGAGUGCUCUGCCAAAUCUGCCACAAUCGCAUCUUCAAAGAAGCCAGUCCGAGUCUGUGAUGGCUGUUACUCAGAACUGAUAUCAUAAUUUCCUUCAAGAAACCAGUCAGUGUCUUUGACAGCCGUUACUCACAGCUAAUAUCCUAGCUUCCUACAAGAAACCAGUCGGUGUCUGUGACGGCCGUUACUCAGAGCUAAGAUCCUAGCUUCCUACAAGAAACCAGCCAGGUCUGAGACAGCUGUUACAGCUAAGAUCCUAGUUUCCUACAAGAAACCAGCUAGUGUCUUUGACAACCGUUACUCACAGCUAAUAUCCUAGCUUCCUACAAGAAACCAGUCGGUGUCUGUGACGGCCGUUACUCAGAGUUAAGAUCCUAGCUUCCUACAAGAAACCAGUCGGUGUUUGUGAUGGCCGUUACUCACAGCUAAGAUCCUAGCUUCCUACAAGAAACCAGUCGGUGUCUGAGACAGCCGUUACUCAGAGCUAAUAUCCUAGCUUCCUACAAGAAACCAGUCAGUGUCUGUGACGGCCGUUACUCAGAGCUAAGAUCCUAGCUUCUGGCAAGAAACCAGACAGUGUCUUUGACAGCCGUUUCUCGGAGCUAAUAUCCUAGCUUCCUACAAGAAACCAGUUAGAGUCUGUGACAGCCGUUACUCAGAGCUAAGAUUCUAGCUUCUUACAAGAAACAGUGUCACUGUGACAUCUGUUUCUCGGAUCGUGCCAACUUCUUUUGCUUUGAUCAAAAUUUGAUAUGAGUAUUCACUGUGUUUCUGCAUUUUUAGGUUCUUUUUUUGUCGAAUAGACUAAAAGCAAUCAAACUGUCUCAUUACCAAUCAAUAAAAAGCAGUUCUCAUUUGUUACAUGCACAGUAAAGGUGUUGCCUUUUGAAAGAUUUCGUAGACAAUUCAGAGCAUGAAGCAUUUUUUGUAAAGAUUUUUAUACGAGUAAAGCUUCUACAUGUAUUGGAUUAAACUACAUUUAGGCAAGGCUUCUGUAGGUUGUGGCUGCUCUUGGACUGAAGCUGAGCAUAUUGUACUUUAAUCUUUGAUAAAUGAGGACUUGUUGAAAUAAUUAUAUAGACCUACAUUUUUGUUUAUUUUAUUUGGAAUGGCUGUCUCGGUAUUAAUUCUGUAAAAUCAUACAUGCCUUUAUCACAUGUAUUAUUGUACAGUAAUUGAUUAUGAAGUUUCGACAUUUCGAACAGUUGUGCUUUGUUCGUUAUCAGGAGACAACACUUUUUAGAUUAUUUCCCCUCUAUUUUGUAGCUGGACACAAUGAAGCUUGUUUUUAGUUAUAAAUGCAUGAAUAUUGAGAUUGUUUUAUAUUUCUACCCAAGAGAAAUUCGUAGUUUUAAUCAAGACACUUUGUCCUUUGAGGUGGUCAGGAAAUUCAGGUAUUACGAAGCUAAAUACUGUAUCAUUUCAUUAUGAUGUCACUUCUUUUUAUACUCAAGGUUUUAAGUUUUUAAGAUAACCAUUGUUACAUUUGGUUAUUGUAUCUAAGUUUGUGAUGACAUUUAUAAUUCUAUUGACGAUGGAAGGCACCUAGGCUGGGCAUGGGUAAUAA